CCCUUGCUCACCCUCAUGCCCGUGCAGCAUCCCGAGGAGCUGCUGGCAGAGCUGGUGUCACACCCACGCCAUGGCUCGGGCAGUGGAGACAGGCAGCUGCAGACAAUGUCCCCAGUCCCUCCUUGAUUUUCAGCUGAUGGCCACCGUGGGCUUGUUUUGCUGUCUGAUUGAUUCCUCAGCAGGAGCAGCAGCCCCUCCUGAGCCCUUGGGAUUUGCUGUGUUCCCUUGGCCAGGCUCUGACCCUUACCACACAUCAGGGGGGCUCAGGCUGGGAGCAGAGCGAGCUGCCUUGCCAGGAGCACCCAAGGAAGGCUCGGGGGCUCUGCUGCUCUGUGCAGGCCUGGGGCUCUCACAGAGGCAGCAAGAGCCGUGUCUGAACAUGGAUUGUGUGCGCCAGGGGAGGGGCCCAGGCUGGGAGCUGCUGUUCCAGGGAUUUGGCACUGGGCUGCUGAAUUCCAGCCUCAUUCCUAAUGACAACCUGCCUGGGGAAAGAGGGCUCCCCUCUCUCUGUGCCUCAUUCUGUGCCCGGGGGGACGCUCGGGCUGCUGGGGGUCACAGGGUGUUGGAACUGGCUGGGUGGGGGCAGCAAGCUGGGCAUCAGCAUGACCCUGAAAGGCAGGGGACAGCCCUGGGGCCAUCAGGGGGAUGCAGGUGACAAGGGAUGGUGACAUGGGACCAGCUCUGACCUGAUGCCCAGUGAUGGUGUGAGACCCAUCUGGGUGGCUGCUCCCUCCACCCCCUGCCCCAGGAUGGAACCUCCAGCCCCUCUCCCGAGGACACUGAAUGCAGAUGUGCCCUGAGGUCACUGUGGGUGCCUGGGAGAGCAGGACACAUCCCAGCACAUCCCUAAAACACACCCAGCCCCUGGAGAAGGAAAAGGGUUAAACUGGCAUCUGCCUGAAAGACAUCCCAUCGCGGGAGCAUCAGCUCAAGGUGCUGCCCACGUGCUUGCACCCUCUGCCUCCCUGCCUCCAGCCACCUCGCUGGCAUUUUCCCCACCUUCCUCCUGCUACUUGGGACCAGUCUGGGGCCAGAAGGGACUUGGGAGCAUGGGGGCAGUGGGGGAAUGCUGUGACAGCUGAAAAAUGAGCCACCAAGCAGUGAGAGAAGUUUCUGAAAAGAGAAGAGGAAUCUGCCUUGAAUGAAGAGGAUUUUAGCACCUUGGGCUAAGCCAAUAAACCUCAGCCAUCCCCAUCCGAACGGGAAUUGUUUGCACACGCUCCUGGAGCUGCUUAAAGCAGGCAAGACACAAAGAGAGAAUAGGAUCAAGCAUGGUGGGGGGAGAAACCCCCCUGCCCGGAGAGCCUGGGAGCAGAUCCCUAUAGGGAUCCCACAGCGACAAGGAACUCACCCAGCCCCAAUCUCCCAGGGACGGGCUGUGCCCCCAGUGCCCCCUCACCUCGGUGGGGCUGGCGGCCAGGAGGGUGCUCCCAGAAGAUGCUCUGUCCUGCUGAGCACGCCAGCCCUCUCCACCACUGGCAGCCGUUCUGCUUGCUGAAGUCCCCAUCCGAGUGACACGGUGGCACCAUGGGGACAUCUGGCCCUGUGGGAGGUUUCCUGGUGACUCUCCUGUGCUGCUGCCUCCUGAGCUCGGCUCUGGUCGAUCCUGAUGAUGUUCUCACAAAAGAAGAGCAGAUCUAUCUCCUGGUGGAGGCCAAGGAAAAGUGUCAGAGGGACAUAAAGGCCCAGCUGGAGAAGAUCAAAGACCCCAGCUGCCCUCCAGAGUGGGAUGGGAUCAUCUGCUGGCCAAGGGGCUCCCCCAGCCAGGAGGUGUCAGUGCCUUGCCCUGAUUACAUCUACGACUUCAACCACAAAGGUCACGCCUACAGGUACUGCAGUGCCUAUGGGACCUGGGCCAUGGCUCUCAGCAUCAACAAGACCUGGGCCAACUACACCGAGUGUGCCCUGCUCUUCUCCUCCGAGAGCCGGAGGCACCAGAAGGAGGUGUUUGACCGCCUGCACCUCAUGUACACCGUGGGCUACUCCAUCUCCCUGGCCUCCCUCAUCGUGGCUGUCUGCAUCCUCUCCUACUUCAAGCGCCUGCACUGCACACGCAAUUACAUCCACGUGCACCUCUUCACCUCCUUCAUCUGCCGGGCCCUCAGCAUCUUCCUGAAGGACCUGGUGCUCUACUCGGGCACGGCGCCCAGCGACGCCGACAGGAGGGAGGACGAGUUCAGGGCUCCCCUGCCAGGACAGCGGGCACACCUGGUUGGCUGCAAGGUGGUGGUGACUCUGUUCCUCUAUUUUCUGGCCACCAACCACUACUGGAUCCUGGUGGAAGGUCUCUACCUGCACAGCCUGAUCUUCAUGGCCUUCCUCUCCAACAAGAACUACCUGUGGGUCCUCAUCAUCAUCGGCUGGGGUCUCCCUGCUGUGUUUGUGUCCAUCUGGGCCAGCGUCAGGGCCUCGCUGGCAGACACACAGUGCUGGGACCUCAGUGCAGGGAACAUGAAGUGGAUUUAUCAAGACCCCACCACCACCCUGGGUGUCUCUUGGCAGGUGAACUUCUUCCUCUUCCUCAACAUCGUCCGGGUGUUGGCCUCCAAGCUCUGGGAGAGCACCACGGGCAAGCUGGACCCCAGGCAGCAGUACAGGCAACUGCUCAAGUCCACGCUGGUGCUGAUGCCGCUUUUCGGAGUGCACUACGUGGUGUUCAUGGCCAUGCCCUACACCGAGGUCUCCGGGCUCCUGUGGCAGAUCCAGAUGCACUACGAGAUGCUCUUUAACUCCUCCCAGGGUUUCUUUGUGGCUUUUAUCUACUGCUUUUGCAACGGGGAGGUGCAGGCCGAGAUCAGGAAGGCUCAUUUCCGCAGGCUCCUGGCGCUGCACUUGGGGCAGCCGGCGCGGCCCGGGAGCUGCUGCUGCUCCGGCCCCGGGGGCUGCGGGGCCCCGCGGAGCCUCAGCACCGGCCUGGCGGGGCGGGCAGCGGGCGGCACCCGGGGGCUGCUGCUCCCGACCCGGCCCCGCCCGCCCGGCUCCAUCCCCGGCUCCAUCCCCGCGCAGGAACCGAGCCAGAGGGGCCGGGGGGAGCCCACGGGGGAUUUGACAGAGCUGACUCAGUGCCAGCCCAAGCCCAGCAAGGAGCUGGAGACGAUGCUGUGA